AUGUCUUCAAAAGAUAAAGAUAAAAAGAAGAAAGCGAGUAAGUUGGAAAAAAAAGAGACAAAAGUAAUUAAUCCAUCUGAAUUAGAAUCAUCUUAAUUAAUAGCUAGAGUUACUAAUAGAUUAGGUGAUAAAGAAACUAAAAAUAUUGGUAAUACUUUAAUUAAAAAUAAGCCAAUAAUGAGGAUGAUCCUUAUACAAAAACUUUCACAUCAUUUAAUACUGAUGAUGGAGCUUAAAUAAAUAAUUUUUCUGGAAUUCAAAAUCAAUAUUAAUUAAGUUAUAAUAAUCUAAGAAGCUCAGAUUAAAAUACAAACCAAUUAAAAUCAGAAUCAAUUUAAGAGUAUCGUAAUCAAUUUAAUUAAAAUCCUUAUUAUUAAUAAUAAUAAAUAUCAACCUAAUAAAAUUAUGAUCAACAUUAUCAUUAGGAUUAUAAUAAAAUUUAUUAAGAAUAAAGAGAUUAUAGAUAUGAUCAAUUGAGGAAUUAAGUAAAUUUAAGCUUGUUGCCUAAGAGAUAAGAAAUUUUAUAAUAAAUUAAAAAGGUUAGUACUUUUAUAUGAUUAGAUAGAGAAUAGGAUAGGAGACAUCAAAUAUUAAACCUAAAAAAUUGAAAAUACUACUAGAGAAGAGUGCUAACUUAUAAUUGAUAGAUUAAAAUAUGCAGAAUAUUAAAUGCUUUAUAGUUUAUAUUAAGAUAAAUAGGAACUUAUAAGGUAUACAUUUAAUAAUAUAUAUUCAAAGUAAUAUUGAAUAAAUUGAUGAAAUAUCAUCUCGUAUUUUAUACAAUAGUGAAUAAAUACUUUAAACAAAUUAUUUGUAUAAUAUAGAGAGAUUAGCUUCUAUAAGAAUUAAAAAUUAAAUUGAUAUUUAUUCUAAUGAUUUGCCUUAAGAAAUCUUUUAAUUAAAAUAAUUAUAAUUAUAGAAUAAAAAUUUAUAAAAACUGAUGGAUUUUAAGAAUGAAGUUAUAUGGAAAUUAAUAAGUGAUUCUAAAAUAGAUUAAUUAAAAAUUAAAAAAGAUUUAGAGAGAGAAGAUAAUAAUGAGAUUUAGAAAUGUUAUAAUUUAGUGAAUUAAUAAUAAUAAGAAUUAAGUAAAUAUAAACUUUAAUGUAUAUUUUGUGGAAUUAAUUUUGAUUAUCAAUAAAUUAAUACAAAUUGUGAUUAAAAUUUUUAAGAUGCAAGUUUAUUUAUUAUAUUAAAUAGAACUUUAAUUUGAAUGUUAAGAGACUCCUUAAAAAGAAUUUAUCGGUACUUAGAGACAUUUUUUUAGCAAAAAUUAGAAUCUUUAGCAAUUAUGA